CUCUGUCCGCGAGGUCUCGAUCUCUGUCUUCUGAUUGGACGAACAGUUUCAGCAUAACUAGCCACUACUCAGUCGUCGCAUUUCGAAAAUAAUUUAUCAUUUAACUCCAUAUUGGCAGAUAUUCUGAAGUUCAAGCACAUUUCGGCUACACUGGCCUGAAUGGCUGAAGCCUCUAUUACAGACGCAUCAAAAUUGAAUCCAGAGUCUGCUGAGUUUGUACCACAUGCUAAACCCAACCAACCACCCUCUAGAAGUUACAGACAACAGGACCCCAACCGGCACUAUGGUCACCGAUUUAGGCAGUCUAGUGGAAAUAACCGUGGUCAAAAUACAUUUGAAACCUCUGAGAAUAACAAAUUACCCCCUUUUGAGCCACCCAUAAGAGGAAGCCCAAGGGGAGGUGGAGGUAGAGGAGUAAGACAAAGAGGUGGACGAGGUAAUGGUAGGCAUAAUAAUGACCCACAUCCCCAAAGUGAAAGAUGGACAAAACCUACAAAUGACAGCGACUUCUCAGGAAGAGACCACAAAGCUGCUGGUGAUCAGCAGUCCCACGCCUCCACUUUAAACAUGUCAAUGGAACCCCCUGAGAAAAAUGUAUUGCCCCCUUUUGAACCACCUAUAAGAGGAAGCACAAGGGGAGGUAGAGGAGUAAGACAAAGAGGUGGACGAGGUAAUGGUAGACAUAAUAAUGACCCUCAUCCCCAAAGUGAAAGAUGGACAAAACCUACAAAUGACAGCGACUGCUCAGGAAGAGACUAUGAAGCUACUGGUGGUCAGCAGUCCCACACCUCCACUUUAAACACGUUGAUGGAAACCCUUGAGAAAAAUGUAUUGCCCCCUUUUGAACCACCCAUAAGAGAAAACACAAGGGAAGGUAGAGGCAGAGGAGUAAGACAAAGAGGUGGACGAGAUAAUGGUAGGCAUAAAAAUGACCAUCAUCCCCAAAGUGACAGAUGGACAAAACCUACAAAUGAAAGCGGCGACUCCGGAUGGGACCAAAGAGCUUCUGGUGGUUUGCAGCCCCAAACUUCCACUUAUAACAGGUCGAUGGAUGAAGAGAGGCGGGAAAGGCCACUUGUCGAGGCCAACAUACGAGGAUCUUACAGAGGCAGCCAACAGAAGAAGACCUUUAAAUCUAGGGAUGACAGAUCUAAUAAGGAACCACUUCCCAGCAACAAGGAGGAGAAUCUAGAUGGAAAAGACAUGAAGCCUGCUGAGGCUUGUAAACAUCCAGAACCGGAGCCUGACCAGAAGAAUCGUACGGGAUGGAGAGGUGAGGACCGCCGCAUGCAUCCCAGUUCCUGGAAGAAAGGACCAGCCGCCAACCAUGGGAUUCAGGGUAACUGGAGAGAAAGAGAGCCUGUUCAUGUCAAAGAAGAGGAGUGGAGAGGUGGAGAAGAUGAGGGUGGAAGAGAGAAUGAGUCAGAGAGGAUUGGAGGCGGUGCCAGGGCGAAACGAUCAUUUCAACAGGAUCCAGUGCAGAAAAAAGGACCUGAGCGAAGAACAGGACCAGUGAAACGCAUGGAGCCUUCCAAAAGCAAAGAAACACAGACAGGGUGUCUUAUUGAGCAGCUGACAGAAGAGAAGUAUGAGUGUAUGGUCUGUUGUGAUGUGAUUCGGGUCAUGGCCCCAGUUUGGAGCUGUCAAAGCUGUUUUCACGUAUUUCACCUUAACUGCAUCAAGAAAUGGGCUCGUUCACCUGCAUCUCAAGCUGAUGAUGGCAGUGAAGGUUGGCGUUGUCCUGCGUGCCAGCAUGUGGCACUGAAAGUCCCAAAUUCCUACACCUGCUUUUGUGCAAAGGUAACCAAUCCUGAGUACCAGCGCACUGAGAUUCCUCACAGCUGCGGAGAUAUGUGUGGAAAGAAGAGGAGUGGAGGGGAAUGUAACCACCCCUGUAAUAUCUUGUGCCACCCAGGGCCCUGCCCACAGUGUCCUGCUUUUAUCACCAAGAAAUGCAUUUGUGGUAGAAUGAGUAAGCCGGUGCGUUGCAGUCAAACAGGACCUCUGCUUUGUCAGGAAGUCUGUGGAGCUCUGUUAAACUGUGCCCAGCACUCCUGUGCCCAGGUUUGCCACUCGGGGCCAUGCCAACCGUGCCAACUACGUGUCCAGCAAGUGUGCUUCUGUGGUGUGGCAUUCAGAGAUGUGGCAUGCGGGACUGAUCAUGCGAGUUUUGAUGGAUCGGGAUAUUUCUCCUGUUGCAAACCAUGUGGAAAAAUGCUAGACUGCCAGUCCCAUCGCUGCCAGCAGUCAUGCCACCCCGGGCAGUGCCAACCAUGUUCACGUAGCUCCAAGCUGGUGCGCAGUUGCCCAUGUGGACAGACCCCACUGUCAAAGCUUUUAGAGCUCGGCUACCCAGAGAGAAAGACCUGUACUGAUCCUAUCCCAUCAUGUGGCAAGACCUGCAACAAGCCACUGCCAUGUGGAAAUGCUGAUUCUGUCCAUUUGUGUGAAAAGCUCUGCCAUGAGGACAGCUGUGGACCCUGUUCUUUGACCUCCACUAUUAAAUGCAGAUGUGGUAGUAACAUCAAGGAAGUUCCAUGUGCAUUGAUUCAGAUUGAAAACGAUAUGGUGUUUGCCUGUGAGAAACGCUGCAGCAAAAAGCGCUCCUGUGGCAGACACAAGUGUGGAGAGUUGUGCUGUGUGGAUAAGGAGCAUAAAUGUUUAAUGAUUUGCGGCUACAAGCUCAACUGCGGUCUGCACCGGUGUCAGGAGCUUUGUCAUCGUGGCAACUGCCAGCCUUGUUGGCAAACCAGUUUUGAUGAAUUGGCAUGCUACUGUGGAGAAACUGUGCUCUUCCCACCCAUCCCUUGUGGAACCAAACCACCUGAAUGUAAAAAUGUGUGCACCCGCCAGCAUGACUGUGAUCAUCCAGUGUUUCAUUCCUGCCACAGUGAGGAAAGAUGCCCUCCUUGUACAUACCUUACCAAGAAAUGGUGCAUGGGUAAUCAUGAGCAAAGGAGUAAUAUCCCAUGCCACCUGCAGGACAUAUCUUGUGGUUUAAUAUGUGAUAAGGUCCUACCCUGUGAUUCUCAUCGCUGUAAGAAGAUAUGCCAUCGUGGGGAUUGCCAGACAGAGGGGGAAUGUAAACAACCAUGCACUCAUCCUAGACCUGGAUGUGGACACCCUUGUUCUGCUCCUUGCCACCCAGGCAGUCCCUGUCCUCCCAGUACAUGCAGUGCCAAGGUGGCACUGCAGUGUGACUGUGGCCGUAAAAAGGAGACGGUUCCUUGCGCUGAGGCAUCCAGUUCCUACCAAAGAUAUGCAGCUAUUGCGGUGGCCAGUAAGCUCUCAGAUAUGCAGCUGGGAGAAUCAGUUGACAUUGGACAACUCACAAAGAAGGAGCAGAAAAAAGCCAGAUUGGAGUGUGAUCAAGAGUGUGCUACACUGGAGAGAAACAGGCGACUAGCUGAGGCAUUGCAGAUUGACCAGUCGGUGGAUCCCUUCAAUAAGUCCACAUCUUCCAAAUACAGUGACUCUCUCAAAGAGGAUGCAAGGAAAGAUUUGAAGUUUGUCUGGGAAAUUGAGGAGAAGAUGAAGAAUUUAGUUGAACUGGCUAGCAAGGGCAAACAGACAAAAAGGAGUCACUGUUUCCCACCUAUGAAACGUGAACACCGCAAAAUUAUCCAUGAGUUAGCUGAAGCAUAUGGUGUGGAAAGUGUUAGCUAUGAUAGUGAACCCAAACGCAAUGUUGUGCUCACUGCCAUCAGGGGGAAAUCUGUGUGUCCUAACAUCAGUCUGACUGCUUUGAUUGAAAGGGAAACUGUUACCAGAGCCCCUCCUCCCAUUGCCCACAUCAAACAACACAACAGCAAGGUCGACAACAGUAACGCUUUGAUGAAACCAGCUAAAGAAGAACCCACCGUGGAUUAUUUUGAUGUGCAGGAUUGAUAUGAUAUUUCAAACAGUCACUGUAAUAUGCAUUUAAAAUAAAACGGCACAUGAUUGCUUGGCAGUUCAAAA